AUGGCUGGUCUCAUCGAUCCUACCGUGACGGGGAGAUACCCCGUCAUCUUGGGAGACAGCCUUACUGGCGAGGGGUCCAACGAAAUCUUCACCGGGGUCCGCUACAACCACAAGCCGACCCUCUCCUCGACAGAAGCCCCCGAGCGCGCGCGCCUAAAGCCAUCGGUCCCUGGCAAGACGUCCUCGUACGAUCUCACAUACACCGACGACGACGAAAACUACGCCUACUCGGGCCCGCGCAGCACAGACGACGACCAGUACGUCCUGUACUUUGACCCCGCCCGGCAAGCGUUUGUCCUCGACAAGGUCGACUCGACAUUCAACAUGAACAUAACGCGCAUGCCGGGCAGCGCCAGUCCUGACGAGCUGAGCCGACGCUUCCCCCACCUCGACGUCGAGGACUCCCCUGUGCUGGAUUCCAUCAACGUCCGGGGGCCUGUUGCUGCGCAAAAGAGCAGCAGCAGCAGCAACAAACCGUCAUCGUCAUCGUCAGCGCCAGGCAAGCCCGCGAGCAGCACUCAGGCGGCAGCGAAGCGCAAAGUCGAAAAGAAGCCUCCAAAGAACCUCGCCAUGCCCGUAGCCGCCGCCGCGACGGCGCCCAAGAAGCAGCCGCCGGCGAACAAACCACAGAAGAAGGCGGACGACGACGACGAGGACGAUGAUGAUGACGAUGACGGCGGCCUGAUGAUUGAGUACCCAGAGGGCCCGCCCGCCCGUGCUGCCGCGGCCAAGCACAACGACUUCUCCCCCGCCUUCCCCACGCAGCGCCGCUUCGACGACUACAUGAACCAGCGCGAGUCCGAGGCCGACGAUGCCGACGGGGAGAGCGACGACGAGAUGGACAUGGACUUUAAGCUGCCCAGUCCAGUCAACAAGUCGCAGUCGCAAAACGGCCACCAUGAGCCGCCGCCGGCAGCUGCAAACGACGGGCAGGACGUCGUCGGGGGCCGUGACGAGGAGGAGGAGGACCAGGAGGAUGGCGGCACGGUGGACCUGGAGGCCGAUCUGGAAAAGGAAAUGGAGAUUGCCUUUGAGGAUCUGGCCAAUAGCAACGAAGAGGGCGGUCGCGACGACGAGAGCGAAAUCAGCGAGGAGGACUGA